GGACAAUAUUUUUGCAAGAUGGCGCGUUUACUGACCGUAGUUUCGGUUUUAGUUGUGGUUGCUUGUGUUCUGGCUGCUCCAGGUAAAAGGAGCAGAGGCGUCGCCCACGCAUCAGACGGCAGUAUCGGAGUAGGUGCUGUAGACGGUGGUACCUUCGGUGACGGCAGCUUCAGCAUCGGCCACGGGGGUGGCGGCAGAGGUCGAGGCAGCGGCGGCCACGGAGGCAAUCAUGGUACCAACUCCUACGGGGGCGCGGGAGGAGAUAGGGGCAAUACUUACUAUGAUAAGUAGUACCGCCUAGUUGAUCUACUGCUAUCGAACUGUUUUUUGUAUGUAAUGCCGGGAAAAAGAAGAAGUCCAAAUUAGUUGAUCUGUAUAAAAUGAUGAAGGUAAAUGUCGAAUUUCAAUGUGAAUAAAAUUAGCGCUAAGCAAAUAAAACUAUGUUAAAUAAGUAGGUAAUAAUUAUAAUAAAUUAUUGUAUUCAAAAAUCUCAAA